AUGCUGUUUCGGUACUCCAUGAGAAGUGCCUAUCUGCUUUUGGGGGUUCGAUCCUUCCUCGAAGUUCACACAUGGGAAAUAUCUGAUGUGCCGGACCCGGACCUGUUCCUUCGAAGAGGCCUAUCUAAUGUUGUUGUUAUCGGUAACUUUCUCUACAUCGAUGGCGGAGAGGUCUCUCAGCUCGAUGCCCAAGGAAAACCAUAUACUUCCUUUGAUUACGGAGUCAAACAAACCUAUGGCUCUCACCCAGUCAAUUCUACCCUCUCAAUCGACUUGUCGGAAUCUUGGUCCCCCGCCAACGUUUCAAUCAGGACGAUACCGAAAGAACCAUACGGUAUGGAUAGGCAAGCAUUGUGGGAAAGGGCAGAUAACGACUCAUUCUAUAUAUGGGGAGGACACACCGCCAACACCCUCUACUUGAAGGACGAAUCGCUGUCUACUGGGUCGUGGAAGUUCCAAGCCGAUAGUACUGGUGGUGGCCAGUGGUUGAAAGAGACCCCUGACAACCCCACAGAAUUCACAGAGCUAGUGAGAAGUGAGGACGGAGCAUUGGCCAGUACUCCUCACGGUGGCUUUUGGUUCGGGGGCUGGGCAGGAACUCGAACGAAGGUAAACAUGACUAACGGCGAAGCGGACUUAGCUCCAGCUGGAGCUACUCCAGGUAUGAUUGUUUACGAUUGGAAUACCAAGCUGUGGUCGAAUGAGACGACCGCUUUCAAGGCUGCGUUUCCUCCCUACGGGACAGUGAGAGGUGCAAGAGCACUAUAUGUCCCCGACUUUGGACCAAAUGGCAUAAUCGUGCUCCUCGGUGGCUUCAUGGCGACCUUGGACCCAAUAGUAAGCGGAAGCGAUAGCCUCCAUCAAUGGAUGGAAAUAUCCAACGUUACGUUCAUGGAUCCAGUCUCCAAGAAAUGGUACAGCCAAAUGACUACAGGAUCUGCUCCGACUAGACGACAGUGGUUCUGCCUGGUAGGACUCAGGAGCAAAACUACAUAUGAGAUAUUCUUGUUCGGCGGAACAGCUGGGUUCUCUAACAGAGCAUACAGCGAUGUCUUUGUAUUAAGUCUACCAGGAGUGUGGGUAAUUUGGAAGGAUGGGCUCUCCGAGAUCCGUGGCCGCAAGGGCUUGGUUUGUUCGACUUGGUGGAGUGGACGUGGAAGGACGAUUACAACGCUAGCGCUGGUGCUUAUCGCAGCCAUGAAGAAAUUCAACGCUGGUAUCGAAGUCAAGACUUUCUUCGUGCCGACAGCGAAGUCCACACCCAUCCCCACAGCCAUCCCAACAGUAUUGCCUCCAGCUAUGCCGAGGGCUACAGAAGCCUCGAGUAAUACUAUUGCAGGGGCCGCCAUAGUUGGGAUUAUCUUAGCUGUUCUUGCAUUUCUGGCAAUCAUGUGGAUUGACGGCCAUUCGGAGAGACCAAUCUUCGUACCACCGCCUGUCGAUGAAACGAGCUCAACGACCAACACUAUGGAUGUCCCACUUCAGACAAAGGAACUUGAAGCGGACCCUACUCCUUGUCUAGUAGAACCGAACUCGGACCCAAAGACUGUAACAGAGCUUCCAGUGGCCUCAGCGAUCGAUCACAGUCCUUAUCAAGCCGAGCCGAGCAAGGAUCCGACGCUCAGAACAGAGAUUCCGGUGGCCUCGGUGGCCCCAGUGGUCGACAUUUAUUCUUACUACGAUGACCCGAGUGUGGAACUGAAGGCUAGAACAGAGCUCCCCGUAUCGGCGGCCGAUUAUCUUCCUUGCCCAGCCGAGCUGAAUACGGAUCCAACGGCCAGAACAGAACUUCCUAUGAACCCGAUGGUCGGAAAUAAAUCGAGCCUUCCCGUGGAGCUCGACGCUUUGUAUAGUCCCGCCAAUACUGUAAUCAGGAAUGUCCCAGAUGGAUCAAGGCAUGAUCGCGCCAAGCUUAUCGAAUGA